CAAAGUUAUCAGCAGUAACAACAACAACAACAACAAAAAAACAACAAAUUAAACAGUGGAAAAAUGAACGAUUGAUAGCAAACAAUUUGUUCUUAGGGUAGCAAAGUUUAUUUUCUCAUCAUAUAUUCAAAUUAUAUGAUGAAUACAUUCAUUGUUCGAAUGUAAAGUAAAGUAAAGUAAUGUAAAAACGAAAAUUUAUCCACUCAUAACGGUUUUUGUUUCUGAUUCGAAAGAAUCUACGCUGUUUUCUUUGUCUUACUUCCAAUAUAAUAAAAAUUGAAUCAUGAAUUCACAACGUUAUGGACGAUUAUUUUAUUUAUCAUCAUUGAAUAUUAAUUAUUCACAAAACAACAACAACAACAGCAACGAUUUAUUCGAAUGAAUAAUUGUUGUCGACAUACAAUAACAUUGGAUAAUAUAAAUGAUAAUGUUAAACGUUUAGAAUAUGCUGUACGUGGUCCAUUAGUGAUACGUGCCGGUGUUAUUGAAAAUGAAUUGAAACAACAACAACAAUCAUCAUCAUCAUCAUCAUCAUCGUCCAAUAACCAAAGAUUAUUUAAUGAAGUAAUACGUGCAAAUAUUGGUGAUUGUCAUGCAAUGGGUCAAAGACCGUUAACAUUUUUAAGACAAGUAUUGGCAUGUUCAUCUGAUGAUAGCCUUUUGACUAGUCAACAUUAUCCAAAUGAUGUUAAAGAACGGACAAGAUUAAUGCUAAAAUAUUGUGGUGGACAAUCUGUUGGUGCUUAUUCUGAUUCAGCUGGUGUUGAAAUUAUACGUAAACAUUGUGCAGAAUAUGUUAGCCAUCGUGAUGGUAUUGAAUCUGAAUGGCGUGAUAUUGUUCUUACAACUGGUGCCAGUGAAGGUAUACGUUCUAUAUUAGCUUUAAUCAAUACCUGUUCAACUGAUUCAUUACCGUCCGGUGUUAUGAUACCGAUACCACAAUAUCCACUUUAUUCUGCCACUAUUACUGAAUAUGGAAUGUAUCCAAUUAAUUAUUAUCUUGAUGAAGAUAAUCAAUGGUCAUUAAAUAUUGAUGAAUUAAAACGUUCAUUGAAUGAAGCCAAAGUGAAAUGUAAACCAAAAGCAAUUGUUGUUAUCAAUCCGGGUAAUCCAACUGGUUCGGUAUUGACCAAAAAAAAUAUCGAAGAUAUUAUUCGUUUUGCUAAAGAGAAUAAAAUUCUCAUUAUUGCCGAUGAAGUUUAUCAACAUAAUAUUUAUGAUGGUGAAUUUUUUUCAUUCAAAAAAAUUCUUCAUGAAUUGAAUGAAGACAUUGAAUUAGCAUCGGUCAUGUCGGCAUCGAAAGGUUUUAUGGGUGAAUGUGGAUUACGUGGUGGUUAUUGUGAACUAGUAAACUUUGAUCCAUCGGUUAAAGCAAUGUUUUUUAAAAUGCUUUCGGCUCGUCUUUGUUCAUCAAUACUUGGACAGAUUGCAUUAGAUUGUAUUGUCAAACCACCGGAUGUUGAUGGUGAAUCAUAUGAACGAUAUCAUCAGGAAAAAUCCGAUGUAUUGGCAGCAUUAAAAUAUCGUGCAAAAUUGGUGGCCGAUACAUUCAAUACAAUACCGGGUAUAAAAUCGAACAAAGUAGCCGGUGCAAUGUAUGCAUUUCCACAGAUAGAUAUACCGAAAAAAGCUAAAGAAAAAGCCACAGAACUUGGACAAGCAGCAGAUUUUUUCUAUGCAAUGAAUCUUCUCGAAACAACUGGUAUCUGUGUUGUGCCUGGAUCCGGUUUUGGCCAAAUACCCGGUACUUAUCAUUUUCGGACAACAAUUCUACCACAAAAUGAAAAACUUGAAGCAAUGAUGAAAAAAUUUAAACAAUUUCAUUUAAAUUUUAUGGAACAAUAUUCCUGA